GGACACUAGGAGUUGAGGUAAAUGAAGGACAAAACUCUGUUAUUUCAGCUGCUGUAAAUUGUUAAGCCCGCAAUGCUAAGAAGAGAAGAUGGCUGGACGAAGUCUCGUGCCAAUAUUCCAAGAUUUUAGAUCAUUUCAUAGAUUAAAUGGAACCUUCAGAUAUGCAGUACGAACGAGACUUUUCAGUAACGGAACGAUCCCUCCACUUAACGAGCCUUUACCCAAUCUGCCAGCCCCUGGCAUGGUUGGGAGAGCAGACUGGCAAAACCGGCACGAUCACGUAACACACGUUACUACUCUGGAAAAUGGCAUCAGAGUUGCAUCAGAAGACUCUUUUGGACAAUUUUCCACAGUAGGUGGUAAGUUUAGAAUAAAUGUAUAGAAAACGAUGUCUUCGGAAAAAUCUUUAGAUUGAUGAGAGUGCGAUUUUCUUUCUUAACAUGUGUGUGUAUGAUUUGACAAUGUACAUAUGCAUUAUAUACAUAUGACAAUCACGCACGUGCAAUCCGGAUCUAAAAUGCUCCGACUGUCAGGCGUGCAACUAGUGUAGCUUCAGCGCGAGACUGACCGAACGUGGGAGAGAAUGAUUGAAAUUAAGAAGAAAUAAGGAAACCUCAUCUCCAGUGACUCUUUCUUCUUCCAUCGUAACUUACCCAAUUUGUAGCUAGGCACGUCUUCAUCAAAGUCUUUAGCACUGGAGUUCCUUUUCUGAAUCAUUCUUUCCUCUCAUUUGUAGUAAUUGACAUUAAAUGAUAAUUAAUAUUUUAUUACUUGUUCUGACAUGUGUUAUUGUUGAGAAUGUCUGUCUUCUCCCAUCAGUAAAUAGUUAUCUAAAAUUUCAUUACUGGGAAUAAUUCACCAUCAAAGCCCCUGAGGAAACUUAAUGAAUAGGGCCAUUAAAAGUACUUUUAUUGGUAGUGAGUUAACUUUAGAUCAAAAUUAGAUAGGCCAUUAUUUUAUGGAGCCAAGUUAAAAAAAUAAAACUUGUCCUGAUGUAUAACAGAACAAAAAAAGUUUGAAAACCCACUGCCCAAAUGAUUAGCCCGCUAGACUCAGGAUCAAGAAAUUUGAGUUUGAGCCCUCCAGGCAAAGGUCUCUCCAGAUAAUUUGGAUGAGAUGCUUUUUCUCUCACAGUGCUUGUGAUAUAAAUGGAAAUUGCUAAGCCAUCAGGUAAUGUGACAUACUGUUGGGGGCAAGCUGUCGUAGACAAGCUUGAAAUCAAGGAGAAGAGUCUCAUUAUUCAUUUCAUACUUUGGAAACAAAGUAAGAAUAAAAUCCUGCAGGUUUUUAAUUAUUAUGAUCAUGCUACCAUAUUCUAAAUGAUUAGUUGUUUUUUAAUUACCAACCUUAUCAAGAUUAUCACGGUACACCUUUCCUGGUUUAUUUCUUUUCUGUUUUCAGUUGUUAUUGAUGCAGGUUCAAGAUAUGAGGUUGAUUACCCUGCUGGUUUAUCACACUUGUUGGAGAAACUGGCUUUUCAGGUAAAAAGCUACAUGCUUGUUUCCUUCUUUCCUAGAUCACAACCCUUAAAGUCAGUGACAUGUGCUUCUCUUUCCUGUUGUAUAGAGCACAGUGGAAUUUCAGAAUAAUGAUGAUUUCACACAAGAGUUAGAGAAGUUUGGAGGCAUGGCAGACUGCUCCUCAUUCAGGUAAUCAAGAUGUUUUUAAAGACUUAUAACUCUAGCCAUGAUUAGCAAAAAUGAAGUGUGCUUUCCAUUUAAAAAAAGUGAUAAUGAUUACAGGAUAUGUCAAUAAACCUCUUCAUUCUAUAUUAUAAUGACCAAGAUUUUUGAGCCCUGCUAAAGGUUCCUAUAGUAAAGUAAAUUGAGUAGAUGGCCCGAUUUUUAGUAACUUUGUAUAAUUAUGUCUUUUUUGUGAUAUUCAUGGCAAAGAAAUCUUCGUAUGAAUGGAAAAUCUUCCUUUCUGUUUCAAUUGAAAAAUGUAAAAUUUGUGAGAAAUUAUUUCUCACUUUUAAUUUUUUUUCCAAAUCCUUAUGUCAACAGGGAUGCCAUUAUUUAUGGAGCAUCUUGCUUUACAAGUGGCCUGCCCACAGUAAUUAAGGUUCUUUCUGAGGGUGUACUUCAGCCCAGACUUACAGACCAAGAGGUGAUGAUUAUUGACUAUUAUACACAAAGGACUGUUGAGUUUGAUUAUUAGUAUUUGGAUGUCUAAUUCCAUGUCUACUGUUCAGUGUAUUGAAUAUCUGUUUAGCUUCAAGACAAGUUUUGCUAUUUGUACAGUACUCAUUUAGCUGUAAUCCAGGCAUGGUAGUGUGAAAGUGGCCUGAUACACCCACUAGAAUUUUAGCAAUACAGAUUUGAACACCAGGUGCAUAGGAAGUCAUAGCUCAAUCUUUUGUUCAAAGACUUAGACAAGACUAAAUUGAAUUUUUUUGCCAAGUAAAGUACACAUGCUAUCGUGAAAUAUGUCUAAUAUACUUCCUUAAAUAAACUCAGUCAAGAGCAGAAACUUUUUUUUAAGUCUCCAAGAAGUUAAGCUAGGAAAUCUGACAAUACCAAACAGUUUGUGCAAGCAGAGUGACACUUUUGAUGUAUUUAGUCCAUGUUUUAUUGUUCAAAUAGUACACUUCGUUACAUGUUCUUUCCAUUUAUAUCACUUUUUAUAUACUUGUAGAUUGAAGAGCAAAAGAUGGUAGUCCAAUUUGAACUUGAGAACAUAGAAAUGAGACCUGAUCCAGAACCUGUCCUCACAGACAUGAUUCACGCUGUAGGUUGAAUUGAAAUAUUUCCUUACUGGUAUUACUGUAUGUUAAUAAAUUAAAUGUUCAACUACAUAGCUGUACAGUAUUUUGUGGGUCAUCUUGAUGUUUAAAAAAAGAUUGAUCAUGCAUUCUUUUAGUAAAAUGAUAAGAAUGAAAUUCAGUUGAAAAUGAAUAUACUCAAUCAAAUAAAUUUUUUGAACAAACACUAUUAAACAGGAUAUGGAAUAGUAUCCUAAAAGAAUUUUGUGAGUUCAAGAAAGUGCCUUUCAUACCUAACUAGAAUAAUUAACCUUUUUAAAUUCUUGAAAAUGUUAAGAUAGAUAUUGAUUUGCAUUUCAUUGAAAUUUCCUGAGAAUUUUUAAAUUUUAUUUAGCUGUGGUCUGUUUUUCCAUUUCUUACAUAUUUGUUGUGUUACUUAUUUACAUUUCUAAAUUUUACUUAUUCAUUAUAUUUGUUCCUUUUUGUAAAUUUGAUUUCCUCUCUUGUCUUACAGGCUUGGUCAUUUAGUUGUGUUGUUUAGGUUGGGUGGCCUGCCUAAAAUAGCUCAGCUAACUGCAGGCUGCUCAGGACAGAAUGUUAAUUUAUAGUGAUGAAAGUUAAUGUUGUCAUUUUUUCAUACUAUUAUUAAACAUUGCAAAGUAAUGGGAGAGGAGUUACCGACAUUCACUUCUUCAGAAAACAAAAUUUAGUGUUUCUAGAACAUUGCUCCAUUCCAUUGCCAAAGUGAAUGGGGAUGAUUAUGAUAGAUGGCAUCUGUCACAAUAUUAAUGUUUGGUGGAGCUUGCAAGUGAAGUGACUGGCACCAUUUUGAAUACACACAUGCUUGUGUGACAAAAAAUUUUUUGGAGUUAAUUGGCAAGUUUUAGUUCUCUUGAACCUAUUACUUGUUUUUGUUUGCUUUUAUCUCCCUGUUUAGGCAGCCUUCCGUGAUAACACACUAGGCCUACCUAAGUUGUGUCCACCAGAGAACAUAGGAAAGUUCAACUCUUCAAUUUUGCAAGACUACUUAAGAACAUACUAUCAGCCAUCCAGAAUGGUUAUUGCAGGAGUUAAUGUGGACCACCAACAUCUAAUAGACUUGACAAAUGAAUACUUCUUUAAGAAACCACCUGUGUGGCAUAAAGGAGGAGAGAAAUCUGCAAGUCCUGACCGAUCUAUUGCUCAGUACACUGGAGGCUUUAUUAAGGUGCACUUAACAUUUUUAUACUUUCCUUGAGGUGCUCCUAACCUUCUUGUUUACCAGAGAAAAGAGAGAGAAAGUGCUUCAUGUUAGAAAGGGACGGAGUGUUUGUGUCAAAAAGGUUUAGAUGUCCAGGAUUAAAAUUGGCAUAUUGCAAAUUUACAGUACCAUGGACAUAUUUGGAUUAUAGUGGAGCUUGCAGAGUGUAGCCCCAUAAUUAUACAAAAUAGUAGUAACCCAUCAAGCCGAAAAAAUUUGGAUGUACAACUGUACGACUGUACAAGAUGCUACUUUUAACAUGCAUGUUCAACUGUACCACAGGCAUGCUAACGCCAUGGCUCUGUCCGGUGGUCUAGUGGUAAGUGCACUGGGCUCCAAGUCAGACUACCCAGGCUCUAGUCCCAGCCAGGGCAAGGUGUUGUGCCCUUGAGACGUGUGGGAAAAAAAAAUGCGAGCUCCGCUUUUAGGCUUGGCUAAAUCUAUAUAUUAUAUCUGGAAGCAUUGGUUACCCAAGGUUCCCAGUGUAUUUGUGAGUUUAGGCAAAGACAGUGGAAAAGUUAAUUGUUUGAUACUCUGGAUGAAAUAUUAGUGGUUCAUUUCAAGGCCUAGUUUACAUUUGAUUUGAUGUUAGUGUAAUAGGUUUUGAGCAAAGGGCUAUAUUUUGCUGUGUUGGUUGUUUUAAGACUGACUAAUCUAGUAACUAGUAAUCACUUUUGUUUUGUAGGACCACAGAGCUGAACCCAGGAUAAAUCCUGGCCCCACCCCUCUGCCAGAACUAGCCCACCUCUCCAUUGGAUUGGAAACAUGUCACUAUGAUGACCCUGACUUCUUUGCAUUCACUGUUCUGAACACCAUGAUGGGUGGAGGAGGAUCAUUUUCAGCAGGAGGUCCUGGCAAGGGCAUGUACUCUCGCCUUUACUUGAAUGUCCUAAACAGAUAUCACUGGAUUUAUGCUGCCACAGCAUACCACCACAGCUAUGCAGACAGUGGUUUAUUUUGUAUCCAUGGAAGUUCUCACCCUAGUCAGGCAAGGGCAGUUUUUGUGCUCCAAAUUAUUUUUUUUAAGUCUUUAUUUGUUAUAGUGGUUGUUUUCUUUGUGAAACUGUGAUAGGAGGGAGAUAAAACUUCUAGGUGUUCAGUUUUGUUGUAGCUGAGUUUGUCAUGUUUUCAUACAUCAUCAUAGUUUUCUAUUUUGUACCAAGAAAUGCCUCGUUUUGUGCACUUUAUUCAUCAUCAUCUUUGCCAGCUUGUUCGAGGUUCCUACCUGGAAACUUGGAUGUGAUUUAACCCAGCAGGGAGUCCUCAUACUCUUCUUUAGCCCAUCUCUUUUGAGUAGAAACACCAAAGGUUCUACAAGGUGUAGAUGUAUAUUAAAUGAUACAUUCCCUACUCCAGAUUCCUUGUUUUAUUUUUACUCAAACUAAUAUUUUUGUGUCACAGCACAUUAUGAUAAUUUUUUUAAACUGAUUUCUCUCUUUAGUUGCGGGACCUCACUCAGGUGCUUGUCAAGGAAUACUUUAAUCUCGUCAGUGGUUCUGUGAAUGAGGUGUGUUUCCUAAAAUAGAAGUGAAUUUUUCAUAAUCAAUAAGCAUUCCAUAUUUGCAUACUUCUUUGUCUAGUUAAAGGGAACCCUAGUGUGGUGAAGCCCAUGUUCUUAUUACAUGGUGCACUAUGGGAGUGGUUGGUGAUAAUUCUCUUGCAAUGACAGAGGCACUUUGGAAAUAGAGUAUCAUGAAGUAUGGAACUUCAAGGGGGUAUAUUGGUCAUAAACUACUUAAAGCCGUGGAUAUUACAUGUAUACCAAUUAACCUCUUGCUACAUCUCUUAGUUACUAUGUGCGUCAUAACUGGUCAAUUUAGCAGGCUGUAUUUCAUGAUCCUUCGAAGUCCGUAACUGACGAUACGGACCUCGAAAUCACUUCGUAAUUUAUGCUCUUUAGGUGAAAAGUUUUGCAACAGCGAUUAUAUUUUUUAUCAGAUGACUUAUGUUAUAUUUUAUUGGGAAAAAAAUGCCUCCUAUUAACCCAUGCAUUGCAAAGUGAUUCUUCAAGCUGUUCUCUGGCCAUGUUAUCACUUAGUGUAGGUAUAGUUUCUUGUGCAGAAGGGCUACAACCAUAUCAUGUUUUGUUUGCAGGUUGAAGUAGCGAGAGCCAAGAAGCAACUCCAGUCUAUGUUGAUGAUGAAUCUAGAAUCAAGAGUUAUUGUAUUUGAAGACAUAGGAAGGUAAAAUUGUACUUAAUUGUUAUUUAAACUUUGGUUGCGAGUGGCGUUCUGGUGUUGUGGUUUUUUUUUUUUUUCGAUGUUUUCUUUCUUUUGUUCCGAGACAGAGAUCACUGUGAAGCGAAGAAUUGUUUAGCUAAUAUUGUUUGCUUUCUCCACAGAAUUUCGUGUUUCAGUGACAAUGAAUUUCGUUGAGCGGGGUUUUUGAAGUGAUUACCAUUUUAGAAGAAGUAACAUAGUUUUUUUUUUUAGACAAGUUCUCGGACUUAAUAAAAGGAAGUCUGCUCAAGAAUUAUUUCAAAGCAUUGGUAAGACUUAGUUGUGAUUUAUUUCAUGUAUUGCUGAAUUUUCAAUGCAAAUUCUUCUUUAUUAGAAUUUUUCGAUGAGGUAUCCCUAUAUCCCCAUGAUUCCGUUGAGAGCGGCAACUUGCGGCGGAGCAUUAGAAUACAAAUCAGCAUGUGAAGUUUUACAUGCAGGCCAGUCAUAUUCUUCCUUUACAGUUAUCUGCCCAAAAUAAUUUCAUACUAUUAAUUUAACUGCAGAAACCAAAAUUGAAACCUAUUUUUCCCUAAUGAAAGAUCGAAUUUCGUUGGUUUUCAAGUGUUUAUAACCAAGUGGGCUCGUCGAGUAGCUAUCUAUCUGGACUUUGCCCUUUGCAUGUGGAAUACGUGAUAAAAUCCAGGCCGUUUACAAGGACCUGGCAUGAUAGGCAAAGUCCAAGGUUGCUAUAAAAAGUGAGUUUAAUUGGUAGAAAAUGUUAAAGCACAUGAAGAGUGCAUGAAAAAUUGGUUUAAAACGGAGUUUUAGUCAAUAUGAACUUAAUUCAGUGGUGUAAGAGUAUUUCGUAUAGUUUAGGUUGUUUAUUGGAAAACGUUACAUACAGUGCAACGUCUAAGCAAGAGUAAAAAGUAUGGACCUAACUGUUAAAGGUUUUUGUCAAUGAUGCUAACCGCCAAAAUGUCCUAUAACUUAUUUAUUGUCCAACUACUUUAAUUUAUAUGCAUUUCUGACUCAAAAGUCGGGCAAGAAGCGAGCAAACAGAGUUGCGGUUUUUGACGGGUGUUACGUAACGUGCGCGUCGUAUUACGGUACAAAAUAACUAACUGUCCAGAUAGCCAUACAAUAUCGCGGGUGUUUGAUAACUAACUGUCAAAAUAGCUAUAGAAAAUCGCGGGAUGAAAGCUAAGUUUUUCGUUUGUCUCACGAUGUAGUCACGUGUGAUGUAGAUCGCGACGUUUCGACUGUAUACUACUAGUCUUCGACUGGUCAUGUGUGAUCUUAUAAAGCAUGAUGCUCUGCUGUGAUUAGUUGUUUUUUCAACAGCUCUGAUUGGUGCAUUUCGAUCCUUGUUGUGAUUUGCUCCCUCGGCGGUCCGCUGUCGCACGGCUUCUUAUUGUUGUGUUUUUUUGAUCGUGGACAUCCACGCUUCUGGAAUUUUUAUUCCACCAUCACUGUUGAUGUUGUCAGGGUGAAGUCUUAUAGGAAUUGCCUCUUUGACCCUGUGUUUGUAGUAACAAAGGUCACGAUCAAACGUAUUCAUAGGAUUCCAUGUGAAUGAGGCAAGGUGUACAACGGAGAGACUGGAAGACCUAUGCAAGACAGAAUUAAGGAGCACGAUCGAGACAUCCGACUCGCCCGUACCGAGACCUCCGCCGUUUCAGGGCAUGCCCACAACACUAGACACAAGCCACUCUGGAACGAAGUAAAGUUUAUUGAUCUUGACCCUUUUUACUGCACGCGCAUGGUCCAAGAGCCAAUUCAUAUGAGACUUCACCCUGAAAACAUCAACAGGGAUAGUGGAAUAGAAAUUCCAGAAGCGUGGAUCCCCACGAUCAAAAAACACAACAACAGGAGAGCUACCUACCGCUCUCCCAACAUCUUCCAAAUUUUCCCCAGCACUAGCCCUUAGUUCUCUAAUUUUUCAGCCCACUUGAGAUCAGUUCGUUCGUGGUCUUGUUACAUCUUUAGGUAGUAAGGUGAUCCUAUGUUCAUCACAAUGUCGGUGUGUAUAAUGAAUAGGAAGUAAAUCCAAUUUUGGGUAAUCCAAUUUUUGGUGACCUUUGGUGUCUUAACAACUUUGCGGGUUCAGUUCCAAGCUGGGUUCAGUGAGCAGUGUGCUCACUCCAUUUAGAGAGAGUACACGCGUUAGUUGUGUCAUGGUGUAGAAACCUCGAGGAAUCGCAGACAGUCUUGAAAAGCCUGUUGGCUUUACAUCUUCAAGAAGAUAUACAUUGUACAUUUAUUUUGACAAAUGUGUAUCUUUCUAUUGAAAGUGGAUGAAAUAGCUCUGUCUAUUUCCGUUAUUCCCACGCCAUGAUUAAAGAGUACCUUUCUCCUUUUUUUUCUGCAGAAAACGUUUCAGUCGACGAUAUUAAGCGCGUUAGUUCCCGGAUGCUAGCGACUAAACCUUCCGUCGCUGCACUUGGUAACCUGGCCAAUCUUCCUAAAUUCGAAGACAUUAAACGUGCCUUUACAAACGGCGGCCAUUUCAGCGGAGCGUCACGCUUCUUCCGGUUUAGGAACUAA